AAGCCCAAAAGUCCAAAACCCUUAAAAAUCACAUCCCGCUCUCUCUGCACACACACUGGCGGAAAUGAGCCACCAAAGUAACCACCACCACCACCACGAUGCCGUCGAUGGUCUCGUAAACCUGUUCAUCAAAGCCAACAACGAUCUAAACAUAGUCCAGAACCGCCUAGACAAGGAGUUUCGCGAAAUCUAUCCUGAUAACGCGAAUCCGAUGAAGCUUGUGGCUAGGAUUAAGAAAAUACAAGAUGAAUUACCCUCUCUGAAAGAGCAAUGUCGCGAAUUACUCUCUGCUAAGCAGGACCUGAUUGAUAAAGCAAGAACAACUAUAGUCGGGAACAGAGCAUCAUUGCAAAGGUUGCAAACUUCCAUGGGGAUCCCCGUCACCAAUGAUUCCGAUGAUCCUGCUUAUACAAACUUUAACGAGGUUAUUGAUGAGUGGGCCCUACAAGUCAGAUCUAAAACAGGAGAGGAGGCUCGUGAAGGUUCAGAUUCGGAGGAUAUUAACAAGAUGUUGUUCUCUGCAAUUGUUGAAGGUACUUAGCGACUGAUCCUGUAAUCGGAAUUUAGUUGUAUUCAUUAUAUAUAAUACUGUAUAUCAAACUAUCAUUCUGUUCAAAAAAGGUUCUUAAACUCGUCUCACUUGCAAAAUGUUAUCACUUUGUGAGUUUUGUGGUAGGUGUACCUUGUUUUAGUUAAAAAUCUGUGUUUUACAAACGUUAA